AUGCCUUUUGAUCCAGAACUGUACAAGAAAUAUGAAUUUUAUUCAGUCACUCAAAUCGAGCCUGGGUUCGUUCAUGUGCAAUACACCAAUCCAAAGACGUUGAACGCAUUCACGGACCAAAACUGGCAAGACUACGGUGAGAUCUUCACAAGGUUGGACCAGGAAGAAGACGUCACCUUGAUUGUUGUGUCAUCUGGUGUUCCAAAGUCGUUUUCGUCGGGUUUGAACUUGAAAGCGGCCAUGAGCACAUUGGGAGGAGACGCCGGGUUGAGUGAAGAGGAAAGAGUUGCUCGUUUGCAUAAACACAUUGUGGAUUUCCAGAACGCAAUCAGUGUGCCUGCGCGCAUCACCACCCCUACAAUUGGAAUCUUGAACGGAAUCAACUACGGGUUAGCUCUCGACAUGUCGAGUGCCUACACCAUUCGAAUUGCCAUUGAAGGUGCCCGUUUCUCCAUCGCAGAGGUCAACAUUGGUAUUGCUGCUGAUAUUGGAUCGUUGCAACGAUUACCAGCGCUCAUCAACAACAAAUCUAGACUCAUGCAACAUGCGUUGUUGGGAGACGUUUUCGGCGCUCAAGAAGCGUUGGAGUUGGGCUACGUCAGCAUCAUCCACCCAUCGGUUGAACACGGCAUUGAACAGGCUAGAGAAUGGGGUGAAAAGAUUGUCCAGACCCCACAGUGGGCCAUCAAGGGUACCAAGAAACAUAUCCAGGACAUUUUGAAUGGACAAAGCGUCGAACAAGGCUUAGUCGAUAUCGCCAAGUACAACUCUGUCCACAUUACCGGUUCGAAAUUGAAGUUGUAA